AUGUUUUUGUUUGCAUGUUUUGCUCACUCAUUAAAUGAUAAUGAUCCUCUUAUUACACAAGAAUUAGUUGAUGAAAUUAAUAAUGAUCCAUCAGCUCCUUUUAAAGCACGACUUUAUACAAAAUUUGCUAAGUUAACAAUUGGAGACGCGAAGAAAUUUUUAUCACCAGUUCGUCCACCUCCACAGAACCAUGGAUCAGCCGUUCCUGUUGGGGCAAAUGAAGAAUUCUUCAAUUAUGUUGAUACAAACUAUAUCACAGGUCUUUCAAAUGUUGCCGCAUUUCCAGAUUGGCGUAAUGCUUCAAAUCAAAAUGAUGAAACUCUUACAGACAACAGAAAAGCAAUUAAACCAAAAAUCGCACAUGUCAAAUUCCCGGUUUUCGAUGUAACUCAACUUUGCAGCUCUUGGGCUCCAGCAGUAACAUCUGCAAUGACGAUUUCUGUUUCCCGUUGGGCAGGUGAAUUUGUUAACUUCUCUCUUCAAUAUGUUCUUGAUUGUGAUAUGCUUGGAGAUUCAUGCAUCGAAAGAACUCCACUAAACGCAUAUCAACUCUUUUGGCAAUACCAUCCUCCGGAUUACAAAAGUUGGGACCAACCAGGUGAUGUUUUAGCACAACCAAAUUCUGAAAGAACAGAAGCGAUGGCAGCUCCUCGUUCUGACUUCAAAAGAACUAACUGCGAAAACAAUAGAUGUUACCCAGGUUUAACGAACUGUAAACGACAUUGGGCACUCACAGGAAGCUGCAACCCAGGAGAUACAGAAACUGCAUGUCCAAUAUACUUCCUUUAUAAUUGGCGCUGGGUCAAAUCACACCUUUGGGAAGUUGGAGCUGUAACUUCUUCAAUAACUGUUUAUAAUUCACUUUUUUCAUAUGAAUCAGGUAUUUAUUCAAGAUUUUGGAAAGAUACUGCAGAAGAAAGAGCAGAAGGUGAUGAGCGUGAUAAAAUACUUGGAAUGUUGGAUGUAACAAUCAUUGGUUGGGGACAGGUUGAAUUAAAUCUCUCUUCCAAUAAAGAUAAAUACGAAAAGGUAUUAAAUCGAUGGUGGUGGGUAAUUCCGCAUUUUGGUCCUGAAUUUGGAGUAUCUUAUUACAGUUGUCAUGAUUUUGAUACUCCAGAUACUAACUGCAAACGAACAUUUAAUGAAAUGACUAAAAUUGAUUACCAAAUUGGUUUGGAAUCAAAUCUUUAUAUCACAGGAGGAGAAUAUGGAGAUCAUAUACAAGAUGAUAAUACACACAAGGGUUUCAUUAAAUUUAACAGGAGUUUUGAUGACUGCAACAUUGAGUCACAUGCUGUUGGGGCUGUCCCAUAUAAUUUUGUACCCCUUCCUCACAGAACACCAUCCCCAACAACUGAUGAAACAACUUAG